AUGGCUGCCGACCUUGAAAAUGGUGUGGCCGUGAACGGAGAGGUCAAUAGCCAGAAGGCCCAUGGCAAGGGCAAGGGCAAGAAGAGGAGCGAGAAUCAAGAAAAGGAACGCAUCCAGAGGCUUGAUCAGCUAUACAGCAAGAAGAAGCGACAGACGUACUUCGUCCCUACUCCCAAGGUCCAAGCCGAUCGCGAAAUCCACGGUUCCAGCUCCCAUGUCGUUCUCAAAGUUCGCCGCAUCAUCUGCGAUAAGGGCUUUCCAACAGAUACCGAAAUCGAUAUCAAGUCCGACUUGCUCAAGGAUGCGCUUCAGGAGAUCUUUGAGGGCGUUGAAGGCUUGAAGCUGAAUGAAUCGCCGCCUGUCGCAAGCCCUGAGCUGCUUUUUCAUGCCCGCAUCGGUCUCGAGGAGCGACUGAAAGCCGAACAAGGAAAAGCGCAUACCAACAAGGCUGUUAUAGACGACCUCAAUGUGGCCCUCCAGUACAUCGCAGAAGACUACGACUCGACCCUAGAGACUCUCGCCUCACUAUCGUCUCACUACGAGAUCACCUUCAACCUCCUCUGGACGCUCUUCCCUCCGAACACAGAGAUCUUUACCAAACACAAUCUUCUACGCGAAGACCAAGUGCUGAAGCUGCAGACGGGUGAAUACGGCGCGCGGGCGAACGGCUCGCGGUAUUUCUCGCUCAACGUGCGACAUAUCUCCCAUGACGGCGAGAAAUUCGGAUGGAUACAAGAAACAAGUAUGCAGAUUGACCAGUUCGAGGGUGCGAAGAAGGUGCAUCAUCUGAAGUGCUUCCCGCUCAGCCAUCACCCAGACCAAGAUGAUAUUCGCACGAAGCUGAUUCAGCGUGGAAGAAGGUAUGUUGAGUUGCUUCAGCCCACCUACUUGGAGUACACUGGAGCCGCAAUUACGGAAAACCGCGAGGUCGUCAUCGAAGGCGAGUACAAGCAAGUGCUCAUCCAUGCGUCCGGACGCAUAAUGCUCGAUCCACCAACAUUCCUCCAACAGAACGACUUCACCGACCUCCUCAAACCCGCCGUUGAGACCGAAGUCCACACUCCGUCAAUAACCGACAGCGAACUCCUCUUCUGCAACAACCAUGUUGCCGGCUUCAGCUUCAGCCAGAAACGAUGGGGUUGUUUCGCCAUCAGUCGCAUGGGCCCUGUCACGUGGAACACGGACGCCUUCUCCAAGCUCGUCAUUGAUCCUAGGAGGCGUAAUCUCGUCCACUCAUUAGUCAAGUCCCACUGGAACGGACAGGACACAUUCGAUGACGUUACCCUCACGGCAGAGGUCAUCGCCGAGGUUACGAAGCGUCCGCUAUAUAUGCUCAGCGCAGGUGAGCUUGGCACGAGCGUCGAUGACGUGGAGAAGAAGCUGGGCAUGGUGCUGGACGUUACGAGACGGUGGGGAUGCGUACUGCUGAUAGACGAGGUAGACGUCUUCCUACAACAGCGCGAUACUGUCAGUCUGGAGAGGAAUGCUCUAGUCAGCAUAUUCCUGCGGCGGCUCGAGUACUUCCAAGGCGUCCUCAUCAUGACCACGAACCGGAAGCACACCAUCGACGCCGCGUUCGAUAGCCGGAUACACUUCAAGCUACACUAUCCGGACCUCUCGCCAGAGUCUCGCGAGGCCAUUUGGCGGAAUUGCCUUGCCAGUGUCCCUUCCAACGCCGCGAAGGUGGAGAUUGCGGAUAAGGCAAUUAAGGAACUGGCCGCCCUGCAGCUCAAUGGAAGGCAGAUCAAGAACGCAGUUGCGUGCGCGGUGUCAAUAGCGACGGAGGAGAAUACGGCUUUGAACGUAGAAGGUGUUAGGGUGGUAUUGGACAUGGUCGUGGAAGGGCUAGACGAAGACUGA